AUGACCGAAAGGAAUUCGGCAGAAGAAGAAAAUGGCGGUUCUGGACAGGGCGGUUCUGGUCAAGUUUAUAAAGGAACACUUCCCAGUGGUAAACAAGUUGCGAUUAAGAGGCUUCAAUAUAAUUCAGAUCCUGAGAAACAGCAAGUGGAACUUCUAUUUGAGGAUGAGGUUAAAACCAUUAGCCGCACUCGUCACCGGAAUAUUGUGGAGGUCGUCGGAUACUGCAGCGAAGAAGCUGAUCGAUUGAUUGUUUACGAGUUCGUUGCCAACAAUUGCUUGAAAUCUCAUCUCUAUGUGGGAAGAAGACAGCAGAAAAUGGUGACCGCCCCGAUCGAUUGGCCAACCAGAAUGAAGAUUGCUUUGGGUACAGCAGAAGGAUUGGCAUAUUUGCAUGUAGACCAUUGGAAAUUUUGGAAUUUUCAAAAAAUUUACAGAUUCAAAAAUUCACGUUUCCACUAUCUCAAAGGGAACUCCAUAGUAAGAUUCGUUCUUAUUUGCUUGUUAAAUUUUCUUCUUUCUCAAAGAAAAUUGGUUGAAUUGGUUGUUAUCACGUGAUGAACACUUUCUUUAAGUGCAGUUAUCUCGCUCCCGAGCAUUGCACUUAAGAUGGCCAAAAUAAGAAGCUCACCGAUAAGUCUGAUGUAUUUUCCUUUGGUGUCGUGCUUCUAGAGCUAAUUACGGGAAAAUUGGACAUUUUUGAGUGGGAACACAAGGAGUAUAUUUUCUGAACUAUUUGGAUACUUAAUAUCUUUUCUUUCCCUUCAAACUAUUAGCAACUAUUUUUAAUUGACAAAAUUUUCCUUAAAAGAAUGCAAUAUUAUUAUUUGAAUCCUUUUGAAAUUUUUACAUCUUUUCGACAAUCGAAAUUAAAAAUAAAGAAUUUGAUAUUUUGUAUUUUCAAUAUU